UUACCUAGAUGUUACUAGACACUAGUGAUUGAAUUGAGAGGGGGUUUAAUUUUUAGGUUCUUUUUAUUUAUUAUUCGUAUAAUUUCCCUUAAAUUCUUCCAUUUGUUAAUGUUAUUAAUUUUGUUAUUAUGCUCUAUUUGCUUUUAGUUUUGAAAAUUGAAUGGACGAUUAUUCUCCCGUAUGUGUUUCUCUCAAAUGAGGUUUUAAUUUAGGGUAAUUUCUUACUAUUACUCUGAUAUUAGCUCACGGUGGAUGUCAUCUAGGUUAGAUAGUAAAGUGUUGUGAAGCGGUGUCCAAGAUCUGGGAUAGAAUCCCGACUACAUCACUGCGCUUAAUCGCUCAUUAGCAACAAAAAAAAAAGAUAUUAUGAAGAUACCUUUAUUGUUUAUUUACCCAAUUUUAUUCAUGUUAAACUUGUAUAAUACUAUAUAGUAGUAGAACAAAAGAAAGACAAAACAGAAAGAAAAUUCAAUUGAACUUUGUUUUUAUGGAAAUAUCAAGGAUUAAGAGUUUCACCUGAAUUCUGAUCUGCAUUUAUAUAAAGAUAUACUUCCUCCGUUUCUGAAUGUGAAUUUUUUUAAUAUCAACUUUUUAUAAUUUUUAUUUAUUGAUAAUUGAAGAUAUUAAUGGUGAAAAUAAUGCAUUGGCAAACGUGAAAACAAGGAGUGUUGCACUUAUUUAGAAACGGAGGAAGUAGUUCUUUCCAGUAAAUGUUGGAAUUAUCGUGCUGCGUUAUCUUUUAGCUGUUAGCCAAAUUAGCAUGAUUGGAAAUGUGGCUGUUGAUUUGUUCCUUUGCUUUGAUAUCUGUAUCUUAAAGGUAAUGGAAACAAACUGCAUUCUUCCUGAAGAUCUGUUUGAAGGCAUCCUUUCACGGCUGCAAGUGAGAGACUUAUUGCGAUUGCGAUGUGUCAGUAAGUCAUGGCGUGCCCUCAUUGACGACCCUUGCUUCAUUUGGAAACAACACUGCGUUCAGUAUGCCAUGCACAAAGCAAAUGGGGAUGUGCCACUCCUUCUCUGGAAACGCUUAUCAUCUAUAGAAGGUCCACCAAACCAAUGUUCUCUUCUUUCUAAACAGCAAGGGUAUGACACUGUUUUGAAUUGGAUACCUGAUGUUGAACGUGAUACUUAUUCAAUUCUCCCCAAUGAUCCAGAUAUACACUUACAAGUCUUUUGCCGAGGCAGUUCUAAUGGCAUUAUUUGCUUUGAAUUUAAUGCAUACGAUGUGGAAGGGUUGGGCAGGGACUCUUUUACUUGUGGCUUGUGGAAUCCUGCCUCUAGAGAUUUUAAGAUUGUUGCCUAUCCCCAUGUGCCAGAUCAACUUACGCGUGGACAUUUCUGUGUUGCUGGUUUCGGAUUUGAUCCUUUGUCAAAUGAUUUCAAGAUUGUGGCUAGAACUGCUGUUGUGUCGGACGUAAUUCUGGUGUACAUGGUUUACACGCUAAGCACAGACUCUUGGAAGAGGGUUCAUGAGCCGUGUUUAUUGGGUUCUAACGCCUCUGUGUGUUUGGUGUUGCUGGGGCUAGCGUUGACAUCUGGGUCGUUACUCAAUUUGACGAUGACUUCGGAGUUCCAUUGGCAUGGCAAUGUUUAAUUUCCAUCAAAACAACUUUUGAACUUGGUCCAUCGUUCAGGGCACAGCGGAUUGAUGGUGAUCUUUUGUUUUCAACAUACUUCGAUGGGUUGAGCCUUUAUAAUCCCACAACGGGCAUGUUCCGGAAUUUGGGUGUAGAUUGUGAUUUCUGUUUUAGAUAUGUAGGGAGUUUGUACCCUUUGUCAAGGAGAGUUGUCCAGCGUUAAAUGCAUCUUCCAAAUUGUUGUCUGUUUAAGCAACAAUUGCUA